AUGACCGCUCAACUAAAUAUUGAUGAAGCCUUCGAAGCUACAUUCACCUCCACCGCCCACUCCAUCAUCGUCUUCCGCCUCUACCACAGCCAACCCACCAAGAUGGCCAUCUUCCCCUCCCGCAAGUUCGUCUCCUCCAGCCAAUCCAACACCAUCGCCUCCAAAUACCGCGCUCUCCUCGCCCGACACCCCUUCGCGCUCUUUGGCUUUCCCUUCAUCGCCGUAAUGCUCGCCGGCUCCUUCUUCCUCACGCCCGCCACAGCCCUACGCUACGAGCGCCACGACCGAAAAGUGCGGCAGAUGACGAAAGGCGAAGAGUUGGGCAUCGGGAAGGAGAAGCGGAGGAUUGACUUGAAGGAGGAGUAUUAUAAAUUGGCAGCAAAGGAUUUGGAUAAUUGGGAGCAGAAGCGCGUUAAAAGGCUUCCCGGAGAGCACGAUGGUGUGCUUUAA